CCUCCUCCAAUGACGUCGUUCCCUCUCCGCGUCGCGGCACUCGGUUUUUGCGGCAGCUCACUUGCUUUAUGGUUUCCGCGUGUUUUUUUUUUCUUUCCCCCCUCUCCUUCCCCUGUUCUGUCUGGCACCGAAUCUGUUGAAAGGGAUACGAUAUAUUCUUUCUUGAACAGAAUCUGACUGGAAGUUGAACAUGGCAUUUCAUUCUCUAUGGAAGGCAGUCACUGUGAUGGAGAAACACCGGACUGCUUUUUUGUCCAUUUCUUGUGCUGGAUUGUUUGGUGCCAACUUGACUUUCCACAUCUUCUCAAAGGAGUUGUUCAAAUCAAUAUAUCAGGCCUGGGACCAUGGAAAGCCAUUGAGGCUUUCGGAAGAUUUGCAGAACCUGUUCUAUAGCAUCCUCCAUGACGUCAAAGUGAAGUCAGCAGAUCGUUACGACGCCAUUAAGACUUGCACGUUGCACCCCGUAAGCGCUGGUCUACCAUGGAGAGCCAAAGGCUGUGUGGUGGGCAUCCCAUAUCAUUUCAGUGAUAGAUCCAGUGGCGAACAGCAGAUUGCCAAGAUAGGCGUUCAGCUUAGAGGCAAGAAAGUGAACUGGACAAGCCCAGAGGGCCUGGCUUUGAAGGAUGCCUUGACACUUUCUCCAGAGGCUCAGAAGUUUGCCAUUGCAAGAGAGAUCAUUGACUUGCAACAAAGUAGGCCUUUAGUAUGUGCAACUAUUGGUCCCGUUUUUCUGGCUGGGUCAUAUAUUUCUGGAGUAACUGUAAAGCAGGUCUUGGGUUUAUAUUAUGCUCCAGUACUACUCCGAAGCAUUUACAAUAUGGCAGUUGUGGCACUCGGGCUGAUGGGCUAUUGUCUGUUAUAUGACACCAUAAGCCAGGCAUUUGAUUAUAGGGCAGACAGAAAGGCAGCUUCCAUUUCUCCCAGUUUUGCUAGAGGUGGGGUGGAAUUCUACGAUAAAGUUCUGUCACAGAAUAAGGCUUUUCGGACUAUCUUAGGUAAAGUCGGAGAGCAAAUAUAUGCUUCAAAUGGUAAUAUUCUCUCAAAGUUCAGAUUAAAGCAUCCAUCGUACACUUCCAGAAGAAACUUCAUUAGUCAUAUCUUAAACACACCCCAGGCACAGGAAAAACAAAGUUGAAAUUUAAGAUAAUAAAUUCUGGGUAUUUUUUUUAAAAUUGCAGCCUGGCAACUUCUCUUAAAAUGUCAUUACUGUUAAUAUAUGGGGGGUGGGGAAUUGGUGGUGGUGUUAAUCUGGUUCCAGCUUUUCCAUGGAUUAAAUUUUAAAAAUGUAAGACUCACAUCAAAGGUUUUAAAUGUGUCUUAUAUCCAUAUUAAAAUCCAAGUGUUGCCUACCAAGUCCUGGGGUUUAAAAAAUGGCUUUUCCUUUCUCUUAACUUAUAUUUUUGAAAGAAAAUAUUUUAUCUUUACUUUGUAAAAUAUUUUGAACAAGAAAAAAAAAAGAUAAUGUGCAUAGGUUGUAGUAAGCAUGUUAAAGGGUGAUAAUAUAUAAGUUGCUAUGUAAAUGCCAAAGUGUUAUUUAGUGGUAUUUGGGGGGAAAGCAAAUUUAUAACCUCAGACUGAAAAAAAAAGUUUAAUAUUGAUCACUUAGCAGACUUCAAAAGGUUUAUACACACACACAUUACUUAUAUCCUACCUUUUUCCUGGAAGUUCAUGGUAACAGAUACCUCAUUUUCUUUCUGCAAUAAUCCUGUGAAGUAGGACACACUGAUAGGUAAUGAUCGAUAGUUAAUCAUAAUGUUUCAAAUCCUGCAGGCAUCCUGUCUUCUUUAAAUGUAAUGCAUCAACAUCUCCAUGUCAUUUGUUUCCCUGAUCCUUCUCAUAUAUUUGAGUCUUUGGAAAAUCCAUAGAAUAUAUCCCAUAGAAUAAAAUUCCCACAGAAAGUCUACUAAGCAUGUAGAAUUCCCACACAAAGUUUACUAAGCAUGUGUCUGUCCCUUCAUUAGCUCCUGUUUAAAUUGUGUUGAGUAUCCUGCAAAAUAUACUUCUGCUAUGUUUGCCUUUUGUGUCUCACAUUGAAGAAUAUGGGGGAUGCUUCUAAGAACCCUGAGAAGCACUGUAACAUUCACACUCAAGGAUGAAAAGUACACUGCGAUCCAUUCUUGUGGAUGCAGAUGCUCUGCAUUUUGCAGUUCUUCAGUGGAGCUCAAAAGGAUGAUUCUGUUUAAUUGUACUUCAUGGCUUAAGAAAAGAUUUGAAUGCAGUAGUUCAGACCUUUUGGUGAAAGGCAAGACAGUAUUUGACUGAGGAGAAAAAUGUCUCUGCCAUCUAAAUAUUUUUUAUAAAGAAGCAGAUGGUAUUAGCUACAGUCAGAGCAAAACGCCUUACCAACUUGAGGUUCUACUCGCUCACAGGCAACUCAAGGCAGCUUACAGGAAAUAAAAACAAUAUAAGAGAAAUAAAAAUAAUAAAAUAACCCCCACUCCCAUUUUUAUAUUAUAUAAAAGUUGCUGGCUCUUAUGUCCUACCUGGAACAUUUAAUGACAGUCACACAUAAAAAGGGGUAGUUAGGAAAUAAAUUUAUUUAAAUAAUAAUUAGGUAUGCAUGGCAAAGUUUUAUCCUAGGCAGCGUUACUGUGAAAGAAUCCCGUUUACUAUCAGUGCAAAACAGCAAAGUGUUAAUGUUUUUGCCGCAAAAUAAAUAAGUAAAUAAACUUAAUGCUGAUGUGUAAGAAAUUCAAAGUAUUUUUUUACCCAGUUGGUUAAUUUGAAUAACAGAAUAACAGAGUUGAAAGGGACUUUGCAGUUCCUCUAGUCCACCCCGCUGCAGAAAGAAUUAUAAAAUAUUAUCAAUGGUAAUGAUGGUUAAGUGACAUAUCAGUUUUGGAAUUUGUUUAUCCUCAAUAAUUCUUGAGGGAAAUAUAGUGUUAUUUCUCCAUUGCAAAAGAGUUCACAAAUAUCCAGGGCUGUGUGAUUUAACUAACUGAUCUUCAGGAUUGGAAGUUUUCAGAGAAUACUAGCUGCAGGUAACAUUAUCCCAACCCUCAUUUCUCCAUUUAAUUUUCUUUUGCCCCUUCGCAGUAAUUGACUUCCUUCUGAAGAUGUUCUGGAAUCCCUAACUAGUCCAACUAGAACUUAGUACAGCCAGAGUACAAUAUGUAAUGACACUUUCAGGACUCUAGUUGGUGUGAUGACAUCUGUUUGGGAACUAGAGGUGCAGACUUAUGACCACAAUUGAGCCCAAAAUUUCUGUUGCUAAGCAAUACAUUUGGUAAGUGGCUUUUGCCCCAUUUUACAACCUUUCUUGCCACAGUUAUUAAGUGAAUCACUGCAGUCGUUAAGUUGAUGACACAGCUGUUAAGUGAAUCUGGCUUCCCCAUUGACUUUGCUUGUCAGAAGGUGGAAAAAGGCAAUCAAAUGACCCCUCACACGAGACACUGCGACCGUCAUAAGUAUGAACCAAUUGCCAAGCCUCUGAAUUUUGAUCAUGUGACCACGGGGAUGCUGCUACAUCAUAAGUGUGAAAAGCAAUCACAAGUCACUUUUUUCGGUGUUUUUGUAUCUUUGAACGGUCACUAAAGGACUACCUGUGUAUAGUUUCUUCGUGUCAGCCAAGUGAUUUUCCCAAAGUGAUUCUUCUUUUCCUUUCUGCAAGAUGUCUUUUGAUCACGUUUUCAAACACCCAGGCUGCAUUUCAGUGCUACAUGAGAGCCAUGGUGGCACAGAGGUUAGAGGCCACUUCUGCUGACUGCCAGCUGCCUGCAAUUUAGCAGUUCAAAUCUCACGAGGCUCAAGGUUGACUCAGCCUUCCAUCCUUCCAAGGUUGGUAAAAUGAAGAUCCAGAUUGUUGGGGGCAACAGGCUGACUCUGUAAACCGCUUAGAGAGGGCUGUAAAGCACUGUGAAGCGGUAUAUAAGUCUAAGUGCUAUUGCUAUACAUGCCUUCUGUUCAUUUCUAAAAAAGGGAAGCGGAACAGGAAAGGGAUGAGAAGUAAGCGACCGGCAACUUUUGAGACACUUAUUUAAGAACAUAAGUGAAAGCAAAUGACCAAAGAAGCUGGAUUCAGUCCUGCAUUUAAAUGCACUUCUUGAAUUAUUUAGUUAUUUUCCUUAAAAUGUGGAAGCAAGGGUCGGCUUGCACAUCUUUCAAGGUGACGAAGUUAUUGGGUGGCUGAGAAGGGCAGCCAAAGGAGGCUGUAAGGCACCGAUGAUGGUCUA